AUGGAGGGCUCAAAGGAAAAUCGUGUGCCUCUGUUUCCGCUCAUACCCUCUUCAAAUCUUCAAGGCCGUUCAAGAAUGGAGGAGAGUCUGAAGCCCCUCCAUCACCGGUUGCCUCUCCGCAACAUCAAUCAGAAUCUUAUGCCUAAUAAAAGCCCUCAUUCCCGCAAGAGUAAAGCACACACAGUUCAGCACCACUACCCUCAGCCUCAAGCAACUAAGAAACAGAACCUGUUGUUGGCCCCCAACACGAGUUUCCACUUGGAUUGUGAAAUCAUAGAUAUUCACGAUGAUGACGAGGAUGCCGGUGACAACGCAGUUCCAGAAUUCGUCAAGCAUACUGAAGCCAUGCUCGACGAAAUAGAUAGGAUAGAGGAAGUUGAAAUGCAAGAUCUGCAAGAAACUGUUUUGGACAUUGACGCCUACGAUAGGAAAGAUCCACUUGCAGUUGUUGAGUACGUAGAUGAUAUCUACAGUCACUACAAGAAUAUUGAGAAUUGGAGCUGUGUCUCUCCGAAUUACUUCUCUAGUCACUUUGACAUUAAUGAGAGGAUGAGGGCCAUUCUUAUCGACUGGCUUAUUGAGGUUCACUACAAAUUUGAGCUUCUGGAGGAGACAUUGUUCCUUACUGUCAAUCUCAUAGAUAGGUUCUUGGAGCGUCAGGUAUUGAUCCGUAAGAAGCUUCAGUUAGUUGGUGUAACAGCUAUGCUAAUAGCUUGUAAGUACGAGGAGGUCUCGGUCCCUACCGUCGAGGAUUUUAUUCUGAUAACAGACAAGGCAUAUACAAGAAAUGAAGUUUUAGAGAUGGAGAAACUGAUGGUGAACACCUUGCAAUUCAAGUUGUCUGUGCCUACUCCAUACAUGUUCAUGAGAAGAUUUCUUAAGGCGGCUUAUUCUGAUAAGAAGCUGGAGUUCUUGUCCUUCUUCUUGGUUGAGCUUUGCUUAGUGGAAUGCAAAAUGCUGAAGUUUUCACCAUCUUUGCUAGCUGCUGCAGCCAUAUACACAGCUCAAUGUAGUAUGUACCAGUUUAAGCAAUGGACUAAGACCAGCGAGUGGUACACUGAUUACUCAGAAGAGCAGCUUCUAGAAUGCUCAAGGCUGAUGGUUACUUUCCAUCGGAAAGCUGGAUCAGGGAAACUCACUGGUGUAUGUAGAAAGUACAGUUCAUGGAAGUAUGGCUGUGCCGCAAAAAUAGAACCAGCUCUGUUUUUACUGGAUAAUUAA